CGGCCCCGCCCCCUGCCCGCCCAAAGCGGGCUAUAAGUUCACGGUCUCUCCCAGCUUCAGCAGUGCUUGCCUUCAGUGGUCGCACUUAGAGGGUCCUGCCACCCAUCAGAGGAACCACCACCACGCCGCCUGACCAUGGCCGAGGAACUGGUUCUGGAGAGAUGUGACCUGGAGCUGGAGGCCAAUGGCCGUGACCACCACACAGCCGACCUGUGCCGGGAGAAACUGGUGGUGCGGCGGGGCCAGCCCUUCUGGCUGACGCUGCAUUUCGAGGGCCGAAACUACGAGGCCAGUGUGGACAGACUCACCUUCAGCGCCGCCACCGGCCCAGCCCCCAGCAAGGAGGCCGGCACCAAGGCCCGCUUCCCGCUGUCCGAUGCCAUGGAGGAAGGCGCCUGGACGGCCAAGGUGGUGGACCAGCAGGACAGUGCCCUCUCGCUGCUGCUCAGCACCCCGCCGCAUGCGCCCGUUGGCCUGUACCGCCUCAGCCUGGAGGCCUCCACCGGCUACCAGGGCUCCAGCUUCGUCCUGGCCCACUUCACCCUGCUCUUCAACCCCUGGUGCCCAGGGGAUGCUGUGUACCUGGACUCAGAUGAAGAGCGGCAGGAGUACAUCCUCACGCAGCACGGCUUCAUCUACCAGGGCUCGGCCAAGUUCAUCAAGAACAUACCCUGGAACUUUGGGCAGUUUGAAGACGGGAUCCUGGACAUUUGCUUGUUGCUCCUGGACAUGAACCCCAAGUUCCUGAGGGAUGCCGGCCGCGACUGCUCCCGCCGCAGCAGCCCCGUCUACGUGGGCCGGGUGGUGAGCGCCAUGGUCAACUGCAACGAUGACCAGGGCGUGCUGCUGGGCCGCUGGGACAACCGGUACGAGGACGGCAUCAGCCCCAUGUUCUGGAUCGGCAGCGUGGACAUCCUGCGGCGCUGGAAGGGCUCCGGCUGCCAGCGCGUCAAGUACGGCCAGUGCUGGGUCUUUGCCGCUGUGGCCUGCACGGUGCUGCGGUGCCUUGGCAUUCCCACCCGAGUGGUGACCAACUAUAACUCGGCCCAUGACCAGAACAGCAACCUGCUCAUUGAGUACUUCCGUAACGAGUUUGGAGAGAUCCAGGGUGACAAGAGCGAGAUGAUCUGGAACUUCCACUGCUGGGUGGAGUCAUGGAUGAGCAGACCCGACCUGCAGCCGGGCUACGAGGGGUGGCAGGCGCUCGAUCCCACACCCCAGGAGAAGAGCGAAGGGACAUACUGCUGUGGCCCCGUUCCGGUCCGUGCCAUCAAGGAGGGGGAUCUGACCCCCAAGUACGACGCGCCUUUUGUGUUUGCCGAGGUCAACGCCGAUGUGGUGGACUGGAUCCGGCAGGACGAUGGGUCCAUGCACAAGUCCAUCAACCGCUCCCUGGUGGUGGGGCUGAAGAUCAGCACUAAGAGUGUGGGCCGUGAUGACCGGGAGGACAUCACCCACACCUACAAGCACCCAGAGGGGUCCCCAGAGGAGAGAGAAGCCUUCCAGAGGGCCAACCACCUGAACAAGCUGGCUGAUAAGGAGGAGACAGGCAUGGCAAUGCGGAUCCGUGUGAGCGAGAGCAUGAGUAUGGGGAGCGACUUUGACGUCUUCGCCUACAUCACCAACAACACGUCCGAGGACCACACCUGCCGCCUCCUGCUCUGUGCCCGCACCGUCAGCUACAACGGGAUCCUGGGGCCCGAGUGCGGCACCAUGGACCCGCUCGAUCUUUCCCUGGAGCCCUUCUCCGAGAAGAGCAUUCCCCUUCGAAUCCUCUAUGAGAAGUACUGUGACUGCCUGACCGAGUCAAACCUCAUCAAGGUGCGGGGCCUGCUCGUCGAGCCGGCUGCCAACAGCUACCUGCUGGCGGAGAGGGACAUCUAUCUGGAGAACCCAGAAAUCAAGAUCCGGAUCCUGGGCGAGCCCAAACAGAACCGCAAGCUGGUGGCUGAGGUGUCCCUGCGGAACCCGCUCACCACACCCCUGUCAGGAUGCACCUUCACUGUGGAAGGGGCCGGCCUGACGGAGGAGCAGAAGGUCAUGGAAAUCCCGGACCCUGUGGAGGCGGGGGAGGAUGCCAAGGUGAGGGUGGAGCUGCUGCCGCUCCACGUGGGCCGCCACAAGCUGGUGGUGAACUUCGAGAGCGACAAGCUGAAGGCCGUGAAGGGCUUCAGGAACGUCAUCAUCGGUCCCGCCUAAGGGCCCGGCCCCGCCUCAGACAGCCGAGAGCCCCCAGCUUGACCUCCAUUUUUGUUCCAGGCUAAUGAGCAAAACUUGCCCCUUCUUGGGCCCCCAGACCUCAGAAUCCGCGGGGGCUCUUUGGGACGGAAUGUACUUCUGGCUACUCUUGUGGUUCCCCACCUCCUUUUACCUGUGAAGAAUGUUCUGUGCCUCCAAAGUGGGACCACGCCCUUGGCUGGCUGGGCUCGGGGUGGGGGCGGGGGAGGCACCCACGCCUCCCUAUCAGCGCAGAUGCCAUCAGAAAGCCACUGUCCGCCCAUCAUAUUGCUUGAUUCACUCCAGAGCCCCUGGGAGCAGGUGCAAGAGAGACCGUGCCCACUGACCAGAUACCAAACCACCGGGGAGGCCCGGAGCAGGUGCAGGCGGAGUCCCAGGAAGGGUCCCAAGUUCUCCCCACAUUCCCGCUGACUUGGCCCUAACGUCCUCCCUCCCCCACCACUGUGAGGCACCUACUAUGUGCUGGGCACUUCCUGCACUUGCUGGCGGUCACACGGCUACCAACCCAUUAAAUCACCACAGGAAAUCACCGAGUGGGGGCCCGGAGAAGGGAGGGGGCCCACACUGAUCCAACGGAAUAUUUGCAAGGCUGCGUCGAAUGAAGAUGCUGCAACAGAGCCCAGGACUUCUGGCUCUGAGUCCAGCCUCCCAUUCACAGUGCCAGCCCUGACCUGAGAAUAUCAAAGGGACCAUUUGAGACCUGAUCAAAAAGGAUGCAGGUGGAGUGAGGUGGGGAGGAGACUGGAGGGCUCAGAAUCCUAGGCUGGAGCCCCAAGUCCAGCCAGCUGCUGCCUUCCCUCUCUGGGCCUCAGGCCCCUCACUGGGCCAUGGAGUGGUAGCACCAGCUCCUGUACCAGAUUCCAGUGCCUUACACGACCCUGCCUUGCAAAUGAUAGCAAGCUCUCCUCUGUGGCUCCACAGAGCCCCAGACCACGGGCCCAGAUGUUUCCAAGUGUGAAACCCUGACCAUGACCACCUCCCUGAUCCCUGCCCUGUCUGGGUCCCCCGUCUGUGCCCAGGUGCCUUCCUUCAGACCACGGUUUUGGGGAACAGAGCCCCAGGAGCCCCCAUCCUACCCAUGAGCCUGCCCACUACAAAGCCUAGACUUCACGAAAGCCUUAGCUGCCUGUGCUGGUCACUCACCAACAAGGCUUGCGUCUCAGCGGCCGCCUUUUUGCAGGGCUUGGGCCCAGGAGCCCAGCCCCUGCCCCGAGGAAGCUCCAAGAGCCCAUGAGUUGUUAUCUUGGACUUCAUCCCCCAUCCUCUCCGCCUGACUGGGCUGGAAGAGGGAUGAGGGGAGAAUUCUCGAUCGGGGGCAGGAUCACAGCCUCCAGGGCCCCCAGAAUCCCAGAGGGGGCUCGGAGAGAGUCAUGCUGAUGCACACAGAACUUUCUGCUUUGCAUAGGAAGAAUCACAAAGUGAGCCAACAUGUAUGUGUUCUUACAAAUGUGCCUCUAAUCCUCUUUGGUUUUAUAAACACUUUUGGGUUCCAAGCAGGCAGUAGAUGUGCUUUUGAGCCACAAAGACUGAGCACUGAAAUAAAAUAGUUUACUUUGCAAAUUCAAA